UUUUUUUCCUCUUCGUUCUUUAUAACGACCCUCAACAACAUCACCAAUCGCACCUCGCGAUUGCCCAAUAUCCUCCGACCACGUAACGAGAAAAAAAGACAUCGGUCGCACAAGUACGAUUUUACGGGGUUAUUUCCACUACGAUCUAUAUUUUCAAAUACCCACCUGGGCAGUUUGAAACAGUCUGCCGACAUACGUAGUCGUGAAUAGAUUUAGGAUAUAAGAUAAACCAAACGAUACCGAUACAAUGGCCGACCUCAACUCUUGGGAAGAUGAUCCCGCCGCCCAAGAUGAUAACCUGUCCAGACAGACUCAGCAAAUGAAUCUGAAUAACCAACAAAACCAAUACCAGAACCCCGCUGCCGCAUCCUUCCGACCUGGCGCCGCUUCAUUCCAACCCACUGCCCAAACCUUCCAACCUGGCCAAGGCGGCUUCGCUGGUGGCUAUGCGCCUAACUACCAACAGGGCUACUAUGGCGGCCAGAACUUCUACCCACAAUACGGAGGAGCUCAGGGUGGCUAUAAUCAGUAUCCUCAAGGUCAAGGUCAAGGUCAAGGCCAGGCUCAGGGCCAGGGCCAGGGAUAUGGUGGUGUCUAUGGACAAGGAGGAUACAAUCAAACUUAUGGCCAACAGCAAUAUGCUCAGUACCAGCAGCCUCAAUCCCAGGGCCAACAGAAGGCUAAGCAACAAGCGCAACAAUCUCAAGCUGUUCCUACCAUUGCCAAACGAGGCGACCAAAGCUCCCCUGCUGGCACUCCUGCCCCCGGUUUGACCGACGCGCCCAAACCAGUCGCCAAACAAGAAGGAGGAACCAAGGUUCUAAGCAUCGGCGGAGAUCCCCCGAAGCCAAAGGCCACCAAGAUCCUAUCUAUCGGCGCCCCAGCAGCGCCGAAAGACGAUGCUAAAUCUGAGAAGGCCGACAAAGAAACCCCUGCCGACGCGGGCUCCAAGGUCACAGCAAGCAAGGCCAUCGAGAAGAGCGGUGAGACUACCAAAUCGGCCAAGGGCUCGUCUGGAAAAACGUCACCCACUCCAUCAUCUGGACGAUCUAGUCCUUCGAGGGGGGGUAAGGCUGCUGCUCGCAAUGCCGAUGCUGUUGCAAACGAACAAGCCGCGGAUGUUGACGAGGACACACUUAAGGAAAUAUACGGCAAGGAACACGUCAAUAUUAUCUUCAUUGGUCACGUAGAUGCUGGCAAAUCAACUCUGGGUGGAUCCAUUCUGUACGCAACUGGUAUGGUUGACGAAAGGACAAUGGACAAAUAUAAGAGAGAAGCGAAGGACCUCGGCAGAGAAACCUGGUAUCUUUCCUGGGCUCUUGACUUGACUAAGGAGGAGCGAAGCAAGGGAAAGACCGUCGAGGUCGGCAGAGGGUUCUUCGAGACCGAAAAACGACGAUAUAGCAUUCUCGAUGCCCCAGGGCACAAGACCUAUGUCCCAAGCAUGAUUGGAGGCGCCUCUCAGGCGGACGUUGGCAUUUUGGUCAUCAGUGCGCGUAAGGGAGAAUAUGAGACUGGCUUCGAAAAGGGUGGACAGACCCGUGAGCACGCCAUGCUUGCCAAAACGCAAGGUGUAAACAAACUCGUGGUUGCCAUCAACAAGAUGGACGACGCCACGGUCAACUGGUCUCAUGAGAGAUAUAAGGAAUGCACCACAAAACUGAUGCAGUUCCUGAAGGGUACUGGAUACAACCUAAAGACUGAUGUAUUCUUCAUGCCCAUUGCCGCUCAACAGACGCUGGGUAUCAAGGAUCGUAUCCCAUCGGAUAUUUGCCCCUGGUAUGACGGGCCUUCACUCCUGGAGUAUCUCGAUAACAUGCAAGCACUUGAACGAAAGACCAACGCGCCAUUCAUGAUGGCUAUCAGCGGAAAGUACCGGGAUAUGGGUACUAUGAUUGAGGGCAAGAUUGAGGCCGGCGUGUGCAAGAAGGGCAUGACCCUGAUUAUGAUGCCGAACAAAGAAAAGGUCGAAAUUGCCGCUCUAUACGGUGAGACGGAAGAUGAGAUACAGAUUGCUCAAUGCGGUGAUCAGGUCCGCGUACGCCUUCGUGGAAUUGAGGAAGAUGAUAUCUCAGCAGGGUUCGUACUCUGCUCACCGAAACGUCUGGUUCACAACGUCUCUACCUUUGAGGCGCAGAUCCGAAUUCUCGAACUGAAGACCAUUCUUUCCGCUGGCUUCAACUGUGUGCUGCACGUCCACUCCGCCGUCGAAGAAGUGACGUUCGCCGCGUUAUUACAUAAACUACAAAAGGGAACAGGACGAAAGAGUAAGGUACCACCUACGCACGCCAAGAAGGGAGAUAGUAUUAUUGCCCGCAUGCAAGUGAUUGGUGGAGCCGGUUCAGUUUGCAUUGAGAAAUUCGAGGAUUACCCUCAGAUGGGCCGCUUUACCUUGAGAGACCAAGGUCAAACUAUUGCUAUCGGCAAGAUCACCAAGCUUAUCACUGACGAGUCCGCCUAGAGAUCGAGAUACGUCCCCGAUGAGUCUUAAAGGUGCCACCGAGCAUUAGACCUUUUUCGAUUUAAGAAACGGAAGAUAAGGUCACAUGAAUGAAAAGGUGUAGAUAGAGCCUGCACACAAAAUAUUGUGCACGAGCUAGUUUUAUAGAAUUGGCAGCAAGGAUAAGAGGCAGUAACCAACCAGCAUUAGACAUGACCAUCCUCAAUAAAAAGCCAUUCUCCCCCGCCAAA